AAAGGAAAACUUUGAAUUUGUAAUAGCGGUUAAGUGUCCUCUUGGGCUUCCUGUAUUAUCAGCACUGCACCUGGUUAUAGAUCUGAAGAAGGAACAAUGAGUCAAGUCCGACAGUCCUUGGGCAGCAAACCUGGAUCAUGCAAUGUUCGAGGCUACACAGCUUGUUCCAUUGGUGGAGGAUUUGUAGGGCCAAAAUAUAAUUUCAGCUCUUUAUCUUCUGCUGGAGGUAACACCAUCUACCACAACAGUGGAAAGCUAAAAUCCACUGGAAGCCUAUAUAGCUUAGGGGGUCACAAAAGAACCUCUGUCAGCAGUGGGAGAGUCCUUGGAUCCACAUUGGGUACCAGCAUGGGAUUUGGAACAGACACCUUUCCCGUAUGUCCACCAGGAGGUAUCCAAAAGGUUACAGUCAACCAAAUUCUCCUCCAGCCAGUAAAUGUAGAUAUUGACCCAAAUAUCCAAAAGGUACGAAGUGAAGAAAGGGAUCAAAUCAAGUGCCUCAACAACAAAUUUGCAGGUUUUAUUGACAAGGUUCGAUUUCUUGAACAACAAAAUCAAAUUCUGGCAACAAAACUGAACUUUUUGCAAGACAAAAGUCAGAAACUUUCCUCUAGACGAGAUACUAUUAAACCGUUAUUCGAUGCCUACAUUACCAACCUUCAGAGACAACUGGAAGGAUCAAAGAACGAAAAAUGCCACCUAGAUGGGGAACUUAAGAAUAUGCAAGAUGUGGUGGAAGAGUUCAAGUCUAAAUAUGAAGAAGAGGUUAAUAAGAGAACAUGUGCCGAAAAUGAGUUUGUAGCCCUCAAAAAGGAUGUGGAUAUAUUGUACAUGAAAAAAGCAGAGAUGGAGGCCAAAGAGGAAUCCUUGGGAAAUGAGAUCAACUUCUUGAGGAGCAUCUUUGAUGCGGAACUAGCCAAGCUACAAGACUGUCUUUCUGAUAUCAAUGUUGUUCUGUGCAUGGACAACAACCGGGAAUUGGACCUGAAUGGCCUCAUUGCAGAUUGUAAAGCACAGUAUGAGGAAAUUGCUGCCAGAAGCAAAGCUGAAGCCGAGGCUGCAUAUGCCAAAAAGUUCCAACAGCUGAAGGAUGCAGCAGGACAUCAUGGAGACAAUCUACGGAGCUCUAAGACUGAAAUUCAAGACCUGAAUACCAUGAUAAAGAGACUCCAGGCAGAGAUUGAGUGCGUGAAGAAACAGAUUGCUGGCCUGCAAGCCGCCAUUUGUAAUGCAGAAUCUAGAGGCGACGCUACUUUGAAAGAUGCCAGAUGUAAGAUGGCAGAGUUGGAGGCCGUAUUACAGAAAGCCAAAGAGGACUUGGCCCUUCAGUUGAAGGAAUAUCAGGAGCUUCUCAGAGUCAAAUUAGCUCUGGAUGUUGAAAUUGCUACCUACAGAACUCUUCUGGAGGGAGAGGAGAGCAGAAUGCAUGGAGAAAUUACUAAUGAUGUCAAAAUAUCUGUGUACACCAAUGGAAAGCUUGGAAACUCAAAUGCUGAAUGUAUAUCUUCAUGCAGCUUGAAAAACAGUGGAAGUGUCCUUGCAGGAGUAGAAGCUCCCAAGUGUGCCCCCAAGUGUGCACAGUCAGCAAAACCCUGCGGGACCACCUGUACCAAAUUUGGCUAUUAGAUAUGUACGGUAUAUGUUAAAAUACCCCAGUCCGAAAAAUGAACAUCCAAGUCUUAAGAAACUGCUGUGCUGGACCUCUGUCUGCUUUUCUCAUUUUAACUCACUCCUGCUUUCCUUACCAGACAAAUACGUGGGUCAUUUACAAAUAACCAAUUUGGGACAUACCAAGAAUAACAAAUGUUUGUUAACUUGACCAUAUAAUAUUACAGUCUUGUCCUGACCAGAAUGUAAAAGUUGUCAGUUGUUCUGUUCUAUGUACAUGGAAAUGCAACUAAAAUCCAUGAUUUAGUGGAUCAGACCCUGAACAAUUCAUAAUCCAUAUGACCCAUGAUAGUAAAUAUGUUAUUCGCAUCAUUAACAUAAUGAAACACAGCAAUUGCCAUUUGAAUAUGCCAACCUGUGAUCACCCACUGCUCAAAUUUAAUAUGACUUUUAAUCUGUGAUAUGAAGCCACUCUUUACCUAAUUGUUUCUCUAAUAUCUUUAUAACCUCUGUUGCAAGUGAUGGGGUUGCUAUUUGUGAGAGGAGCAUUUGACGCAACACUGACGGUAGUUAAAUCUGUAUCGCUAAUAAACUGCUUCUGAAAAUCA